UCAAUCUUCAUAAUUAAUCUUCCGUUGCUUUGUUUGUCGCUCCGCUCCUAUAAUUAUUCUUCCACACGUUAAUCCGCCUUCAAAAUCAUCAAUACAUCCAUUUUACCAUCGUAUCAAAAUCAUUUACUAAAAUUCUUGAAUGUUUCUGAAAUUGUAUCAAAACCAGCUGCCGCCGCCGCCGCCGUUGACUUGUGCCAACUCCUCCACGAGAGGCGAUUUCUACCACACAGUUUUGGAAGAAAAUUUCUGAGCUAAGUUUGUGGAUAUGGCGGCUUAUGGUGCGGCGGAUUCUCUCAAGAAUACGAUUGAGCGUAUUCUACAAUCGUCUCGCAUUUCUCUCGUUUCCCACUCUCCACAAAUAGUACUCUCAGCGACUUUUCUCAAGAAUACGAUUCAGUGUAUUCUACAAUUGUUUUGCAUUUCCCCCUCUUCACAGAUCUUACUACCUGCCUACGACGAGGUGGAUCGCUUGCAGAAUGUUCUGCUAAAAUUGGACGACACCAGCUGCAGCAAGAUCAGGACGAAGGUGAAUGCUGCGGAUGAACUUAUAAAAGAGGCAAUUUGGGAAUUUGAAGAUUUAGUCGAAUCCCAUAUCUUACCUCAGAUUCUUCCACAACUCGAUAGCAAGAGAGGCAGCUUGUCAUUCUCUGUAGAGCUACAGAGUCUGCAACACCAUGUUGAUUGCUUCGUCGAGAAGAUGAAGAAGAUGGAGGAGGAAUACACUAAUGAAAUGGAGAAUAUGCCUGAAGAAGAAGGGGAGCCUAUUUCCUCAAGAAUCGAUUUUGGUGGAAUCAACUCAAAGAUGGUUGGAUUAUCUGAUGAAUUUCAAAAAGCCAGAGAUGAUCUUCUUGAAGAUAAAAACUAUUCGAUUAUUGGGAUGGCGGGCGUUGGAAAGACAACUCUUGCUAAGCAUAUUUUUGAAGAUCCAUCAAUUCGGAGUCAUUUUGAGUUGCGAGCAUGGGUCAAAGUGGGCAGAAAAUGUGAAUCUAAUGAACUAUUACGAUGUAUUCUAGCUCAAGUGGAUCCUAACGCUUACCAAAUGCUUAUCCAAGGAGAUGAUGAUGAGGAGGAAUUAGUUGGACGAUUGAAAGAAACAUUGAAGCAUAAGAAAUGUCUCAUCGUGUUGGAUGAUGUUUGGAAAGCAACUCAUCGCUUGACAAGUUGCUUACGAGAAAAGAAAAUUGGUAGAAGGAUUCGAUUCUUACUUACAAGUAGAGAUAAUAUAAAAUUCUCGCGGCAUGGGUACAAAAGAGUGCGCUUGCUGAAUGAAGAAGAAAGUAAGGAACUACUUGGUGAGAAGGUUUUUGGUGAAGAGGGUUUCCCUCCUCAACUCGAGAAACUCGGAGAGAAGAUUGCCAAAAAAUGUGAAGGUCUUCCUCUUAUGAUAGUCACAAUUGCGGAGCUUCUAGCGAAAGCUGACAAGACCCCAGAAUACUGGACUGAGGUACUUAUCAAACAACAUAGUUCAGUAUUUGUGGAUGCAUAUAAUCAAAUAUCAGAGGUACUUUUCCCAAGCUAUGAUUACUUACCCCAAUAUUUAAAAAUGUUAUUUCUCUACAUGGGAGCUUACUGUCCAUAUAUGGAUAUCGAUCUAACCACGCUCAACGCUACGUUGAGUGCUGAUGUGUUUCUUCAACCUAGUGGAGAAGAAAGUUUUGAAUAUUUUUGGCAUACAUGCUUGGGCAAGCUUUGUACGUGGUAUCAUCUUGUUCUCGACACAUCACAGGAGGAUGACUAUUUAUCUUGGUAUAGCAAGUAUCGUGUGCAUUCUUGUUGGCAGCACGUGUGUAGGGAAGAAGCUAGUAGGGUCAAGUUUCUGCAUGUCUUACAAAGUUGUGACGAUGUUAUAAAAGACCAACGCCGCUUGUGUGCCCAUUGGAACAGUUUAUUCUGCUUCAAACAAGUGUGUGAUUCGAUAAAAAGUGAUUGUGCAUCCACUGUCCGUUCUCUCCUUUGUUAUGGUCCUUAUCACCCAUAUCCAAUACCAAUACAUGUCAUGGGUUUCAAGUUGCUCAGGGUACUGCAUGCUGUUAAUGUCCGAUUUUACCAUAUCCAAACUGAAAUUUUCAAACUAGUUUGUCUACGAUAUCUUGCCAUAACUUACAACGGUGACCUCCCUGCUUCCAUAUCCAACCUUUUUCAACUUCAAUUCUUGAUUAUUUAUAGACAUAUGAUCAUUAAAAAGCGUGGGGUUCAGUCUUUUGUGCCUGUGCAAAUUUGGAACAUGCAAGAACUACAACAUUUAGAGCUACCGGGAAGGGACCUACCAACCCCUAAUUCUAAUGAUGGUGCAUUGAACAAACUCACCUCACUUUUUGGUGUGAGUGCAAACAGUUGUACAAGGGAAGUUCUCGAAAGAAUUCCUAAUUUAAGGGAUUUAAUGAUUGAAGUUGAGUUGAAGCCUUAUGAUGAUGACGAAACCAGCCCAUUGAGUUCCUUGAGUUAUAUAUCAAAACUCCAGAAUUUGAAAACGCUUAUAUAUGAAAUCACGAAUCCAGAGAUAAAGCGUGAGUUUCCUACUAUUCUUCAUCUUUCAAUGUUCCCAUCAAGUCUCAUAAUGUUAUCUUUGAAAGGGUCGGGAUAUCCUUGGGAGUCUCUAAAUGACAUUGGUUCGUUGCUGCCAAAACUCGAGCUUCUCACAUUACAUUGCUAUGCCUUUCGAGGCCCAGAGUGGGAAAUAAAACCGGGGAGUUUCUUGGAACUUAUUGAACUUCGAAUUGAAGACACCGAUUUGGUGAAAUGGAGACCUCAACGUGGAAGCCUCCCGAGGCUUCGUGCACUAAGGAUGAAGCACUGCUACAAAUUGCAACAACUCGAUUUGUCGGAUGAUCAGUCUUCGAUCACGACCAUUGAAUUAGAGGAAUGCAAUCCUUUAGCUGUCGUUGGUACCAAUCAAUUAAAAGGCGUGUUUUACAUCAAACUUAUCACUCGUUCUUCUUUUUGAGCUCAAGUGACUCUGCAACUUGCACGAAAGGCAAAUGGGAGAGCUGAAGGGGUCAGACGCAGCGUUAUCCCAUAAUGUAGAUUGUACGUAUCACGUUGUCAUCUGAAUUUAAGGAUUGUAACUUGAUUUGGAUUUUGUUGGGGAAUAUGAAACCUGAAUACUGAAUUAUGCAUGUAGUUUGUAACCGAAAUUGUUGUAAGUUGCAUUUGUGUGAAAGCAUUACUUGUUAUGCAUGAUUUCACUUUGUUUU